AUGGGCGUCAUUCGCAAGAAGACGGUGACGAGGGGGGGCGAAGGAGGCGUCAAAUAUGUCUGCGACGUGUGCUCGUCCGACAUCACAUCGACGGUCCGCAUUAGGUGUGCUGACCCGGCAUGUUCCGACUUCGACCUCUGCGUCUCGUGCUUCGCCAAAGGCGAGUCGCGAAACACCCACGAUCCCGCGACACAUGCCUUUCGCGUGAUUGAGCAAAACUCGUUCCCCAUAUUCGAACGCGAAUGGGGUGCCGACGAGGAGCUGCUGCUCCUCGAGGGCGCCGAGACAUAUGGCCUGGGCUCGUGGGCUGACAUCGCCGACCACAUUGGCGGCUUCCGCGAAAAGGACGAAGUGCGCGACCACUACCUAGCCACUUACGUCGACUCUCCCAAAUUUCCCCUACCGAAACGAUGCAGCCCCCACGACUGCGAGCUGGCCAACGAGGUGCCGCGCGAGGAGUUCCAGGCGCGCAAGAAGAGGCGCAUUGAGGACCGACGCGAGGCAGCCAAGAAUGCGCCCGCCCUGCAGCCAAAGACCAAGCCGACUGCAAGUGUUCCAAGCUGUCACGAAAUCCAGGGCUACAUGCCUGGUAGGUUGGAAUUCGAAACGGAAUACGCCAACGAAGCAGAAGAAGCCGUGCAGCAUAUGCAGUUUGAUCCCGGCGAUGGCGUCAACCCCCGGACUGGCGAGCUCGAACCCGAGAUGGAGCUCAAGUUGACCGUCAUGGAGAUAUACAACAGCCGCCUCACCCAGCGCGUCGAACGCAAAAAGGUCAUUUUCGAACACGAUUUACUGGAGUACAGAGAGAAUACAAAAGUCGAGAAAAGGCGCAGCAAAGACGAAAAAGACCUUUUGCAAAAAGCCAAACCUUUUGCUCGCAUCAUGAAUCACAAGGACUUUGAGGAUUUGAACCAGGGGCUCAUCGAUGAGCUGAACCUACGCCAAGCGAUUACUCAAUUACAAGAAUGGCGGAACAUGCGCAUUGGCGACCUGAAAAGCGGCGAAAAGUACGAAACAGAGAAGUCGCAGCGCAUACAAAAAGCUAUCCCUAUGGGCUCCAUGGACAGAGAAAGGAUGGCUUCGAAUCAACGUUCUAAGCAAGCUCCGCCUCCAGAUCCUCCAAGUGGUGCCGCCCUUCUCGUCGCGCCCGAAUUGGCCAUCCGCCCGGCGCCCCAGACGAACGGAGAAGUUAACGGCGACAGCAAGCCCCUCACGAAUGGACACACCAACGGCGUUAAUGGAGUUAAUGGCCAUGCGCCCUCGAGGCCCAAGAUUACACCGCAGGCCAUCUCGGGCGUGCAGCCGCUGCAGCUGAGCCAGGACAACGCGCCAGACCUGCACCUCUUGACGCCCGAGGAAGCUAAGCUGUGCGAAGUGGUGAGGCUGCAGCCAAAGCCGUAUCUUAUGAUCAAGGAGCAAAUUCUCAAGGAGGCGCUCAAGACCAACGGCACUCUGAAGAAAAAGCAGGCCAAGGAAAUCUGCCGGUUGGAUUCUCAAAAGGGCGCGCGUAUUUUUGACUUUUUCAUCAACGCCGGCUGGUUGGGUAAAGCGUAA